AUGACGCAGUUGCAGACUGUUCUAACCAGAGACUGGUUCUAACGUUAACGCGUGUUUGGUGAAAAUGUCAGCUACAGGGAACUUUCAGUCAGUGACACAUGUGAUAUUCGACAUGGAUGGGUUAUUAUUAGAUACGGAGAGGCUCUACACAGUUUCGUUUCAGGAAAUAUGUGACCGGUUUGGAAAGAAAUACACAUGGGAUGUCAAGUCAUCUGUAAUGGGCAAAAAAGCACUCGACGCUUCACGUAUCAUUCGAGAUUCACUCGAAAUUCCCAUGACCCCCGAGGAACUUCUUUCCGAAAGUAGAAAAAUACAAGAAAGGAUAUUUCCAUCAGCCAAACUAAUGCCAGGUGUGGAAAAACUCAUCCUUCAUCUGCACAGCCACAACAUCCCCAUGGCGGUGGCUACUAGCUCUGCGGGACUGACAUUUGAGAUGAAGACCAGCCAGCAUAAAGACUUCUUCAGCCUUUUCAGCCACAUAGUGCUUGGAGACGACCCGGAGGUGAAGAAUGGCAAACCGCAGCCAGACUCCUUCCUGGUCUGUGCCAGCAGAUUCAACCCCCCAGCUCCUCCAGAGAAGGAGUUUUCCUUUGAACAUCUUCAAUGGAUGGGAUUUUCUUUGUGUGGCAUCUGAAGGUGGCUUCCUGGCUAUAACUGCAUCACAGAGAUGGCAGUAACAUUGGAGCCAUUAUGAAUGAUUCAAGUUACUGUGGCACAAUUCAUGGAUGUUGCGUCUCACAAUUCCUAGACUCUUUAGACCCAGCCCAUAUCAAGGUCAUCUCUUCCAAGUGACAACAGUAGUUCCAUGAUAGUGUGAGGUUUUGAUUUCUGAAUGUAAUGACACGCUUUCAGGCUUCUCGCAAGUUGUUUGUACUGGUACAGUAGUCUUAAUUGCCCUCAUAUACAUCAGUCUGCCCAUUUAAGAGGGCUAUUUAACGAAUGGUCUGGGGACCACUUGCGGCCCACCUCUUGGAUCGUUGAUUAUUGAGAAGGAAAAAAAUACUUUUUUCACAUCCAUGAAAUAUUGUAUCCAGGUCUGCAUUUUCGGGGUUGGACAAUUUGAUGGUCUGGAUGCCCAGGAUUACUAUUUUUCUGUCCCAGCCUACUAAACUGUGAGGCACCGAAGGCCAUAAGACUGCCAGUAAAUUCUUUAUAAAAAGAAAAUAUAUAUAGUUGGGUGAGAUUAGUAGUCAUUUCUCUUGGGUGACUUUUAGUUGGUUCUCCCUUGAUUAUGUUUUUGCUUAGCCUACAAAAGCGUACUUACUCUAGUGAUUAAAAAAUAAAAAUUAAACAGCUUAGCUGGCUGCCUUGCCCCAUAUGUUAAUUUAAGUUGAUGGCAAUUUGCAAUUUGAAUGCCAACUGACUUCAUAUUUACUCUGGGAGAUGCCCUAGUUGUGCAUUGUGAUCAGUAGAGUGGCAAGAGCACUAAAAAGGUCAAGUUAAUUAAGAUAGCUUUUAAACUACAAUAUUCUCAAAAUGUUUGUAAAGCAGAAAGUAAGUUGUACCAUACCAAGUGAUACCGUUUUCUUGAGAACACGAAUAGCCAUAUAGUUCAUUUUUUUAGUUAUCACAAUUAUGAUUUUUUUUAUUAAACUGCUCUAUUUUAAAUACAACACAAUGCUCAGUAGAUAAUACAGCUAUACACGUGUAUAUUCCAGGAUGCCAGUAUAUCCUACCUGGACUAUCAAAAAUUUGACUGGGUUACCAGAUUGCUUGGGAGACCCCUGAUCUAUACAGACAACAUAGGCCUACUGCCCACCUGUGACAGAAUAAUAAUUAUGCUAUGCAUGUAUGUAUUAACAUCUACUUUAACAUAAAGACAUUUUAUUCUUGCACUGAUUUAUAAGUAUAUGCACAAUGUGUUGGCCCAUCAGCUCCAUAUAUAUCUGGCCCUCGGAAGAAGUAGUUGAAGAAUGCUGCUGUGUAGUUUAUUGCUAUUGAGGUGUUCUUCUCAUUGAUUUUUGCCUACAGGUGUAAAGAUGAAUAAUUUUGUUAAUCCUGUUUUUAUUAUUUAUUAAUAUGCUACCACAUUGCCCUUGAACACAAAUCCAAAUACUUAAAAUGACAUUGGAGAAAACCUAAUCAUCCAUAAUUCAGAAUCAAUAGUGCACAGUGGCCGCUUUUCCAGGUCUCUGUAUAAGUUUCAGUUAUUUUAUGGGACGAUCAAUGUGGGUAGUCAAUGUGCAUUUUAAGAAAAUAUUAACAAAAAAAAAGCUGGAAAUAUCACUUCUAAACUCUAGAGUGCUGGUCUGAAGUCAACUCAGUGAAGAGUUGUUUCAGAGAUGAUGUUUCUGGAACAGGCUCCAGAACAGGCUGUCAAAAGAGCUCCAGGUUGCCUUUCCCUUACUGCAGACUGCUUUGCUGGUGCUAAAGUUGGUUAUAAAUGCUCAGUGAACCAAAUUCUGAAAUAGAGUGUUCAGUAAUUGAAAGGGUUGCCUCUUCCAAAUGCUUAACCAUAUAGUUAAAACACAAGCUGUCCUUCAAGAUCCAUGUAAUAAUGUCAUGAGGAAGCUUAAAUUAAAACAGGAUUUUUACAUACUGUAAUAAGACUUAAGUCUUCUUUUUUAAUGUUGAGCUACUUCUCUGUCUUUGAUUAGGGUGACAUGUAGAUGCACGUGGCCUCUUCUGUUUUAAGGGGUCUUGACACAGUUUUCACGCUUCUUUGCAUUUUAUUAUCAGCACAAACUUUCUUACCCACCAACAUGGUCUUUAUCAAAUGAGAGGCUGGACCUCAUUGAUCAUGUGUAGGAAACAGUAUUAUAUUUGUAUAUAUAUUAUAUUUGUUUCAUAUUGAAAUCAAUACUGGGUUAGCUGCUUUGCUAGCUCUAUUGUAGUCUUGUUUUCAGUAAUUGCAGUCACUGGCUAUGCUCCUCUAAGUGAGUACUUUUUACUGUUCUAAGGUAUUCACAGUUUUUGGGAAAACUUUUAAAAAAAUUUUUACUAUGCACCUUGGACACAGAACAAAUGCCUGUAAUGUAAUGUAAUGUAACUUAUAGCAAAAAAUUUGAAACUGGAGCCACUAGGUAAUUUUAUACUCUUGUUCACUGUACUAUGCUUGACGAGCGCAGUUGUUUCUGUUUGUAGGAAGCCAUGUUCUGCUGUUUGUAUAAUUGUUUUUGUAUCAGUGUUCUCUGUUGUGUGUCAUCUUGGUCAUUAAAUGUUUUUUUUUUUUUUUCCCAAUGUAGUCUGUUUAAUGGCUGCUAUCUUGGGCUUGGGCUGGCUUGGGCUCUUGAAAAAGAGAUUUAAUCUAAUGGGACCUCCUAGUUAAAUACUUUUUGAAAGAAUAAAUAAGUGUUCAGCUUAGAUAUGCUCAUUUAACGACAGUGUUCUCAUUGCCCAGGCUUUCUCAUUAGAGUUGCUAUAAGAAUCAGUGUAAAGAAUGUGUGGUAUCUAGUUUCUGGGAAUCAAAUGUGUUUGACCAUUUCGUGCUACCUCAAGUAGAAAUGGAAACUGUUUUUUUGGCAACCCCUCAUUGAUUUUACUAGAAUUAUUUUGCAAAAUGAGGUUUACAGUUGCACUGUGAUUAACGUAUUAUGUAGGAAGGCUAUAGUAUUAAUAGUUUUUUUUAUUUUUUGGCUGUUUCUCCAUUAAGCUUGUGCAACAUUGAGUUCUAUUCAUAAUAUGCACUCUCUUCUGUUUCAAUCCUACUGGACCUUUCUGCAGCUUUUAACACUGCUGCCCACAUGACCUUCUUUCUCCCUGACCACACUUGGUAUCUCUGUCCUUGCGGUGGGCUACUGUUUUCCCCCUAUUUGUUAAAUGUGCGCCAAGACAUGGGCAGUUCACAGCUCAGUAGUUCAGAAGGAGUUAAAGUAGCCUAGAUGAUUUAAAUAGCGUUCCUGUUACAUCCACUAUGUCCUUCAGCCCGAGGUUUGUGCUGUUUGUCACUGAUUGCCAGCUUUGCUUCUGUGCCGGCUGAUAUUCAAACCAGGCAAUUUUCUUAGCUUUGAAUUUUUAAAAUUUUAGCUCUUUAUCAACAGCCACACAUAUUGAAAACUCCAGGCUAUAAGCUGUUGGUUAUAGUGGGUAUCACAUGACAAACAAAAGACAACAUAUAGUAAUGAAUUGGAUGUGUCUGUUUGCUUUGUGUUAUUGAAGAAACUAUAAAGUAUAAGUUGAGGAUAUUGAUUGCCGGAGUCCAUUUCUUUCUGCCUGAAAAAUAAAUUUGCAGCACAAGCAUGAGAAAAUGAGAUAUGAAUUUGAAGAUUAAGAAAAUGUAUAUAAUCUACAAAUGCAUUCAUCCUCUUUAUGCUUAUUUUUAUGAGUCUGAGUAAACCGCAAUCUAUCUUGAAAGUUCAGUUUUUAAAGCAUUCACGUGGCCCAUAUGGAACAUAGUGUUCAUAUUUGUUUUUGUAUACUCAUCAUUAAUAAAACCAAAUAAAUGGGUGAAUAAAAGUACCUGCUGGAUGUUUUUCCUGGGAAAAGUGAUGCCAAAGUGAGAGUUGGUUAUUGUAACCUUGGCUGGUGGCUCUGUGCGCAUGUUUCAGUGUGAAUAUGUUGCUGUGCAGUAUUGGAAAUAGCUGUAAGUGUUCAUCAGGACCGUGCAGAGACCUUUAGAAGGACAGGUGCUCAAAGUGGGGGAAAAAACAACACCAACCUAGAAAAACAGUCUUACGGCACCCAGUUAUUCUACAGAAUAUAUUUUGUCUGGAGCAUGGAAAUAUUUUUGGAUUCCCUGUAAAUUAUUUGGACGGAAAACUG